UUUGCCCCCUCAAAUACCGCACGCCUGCAAGUGCCGUAUUGCCUCCGUCCUGCGCAUGGCUUCCUGGUCUUGAGCUUCCCCUCUUCUCUGUCAAUUUUAGUUAACACGACAAGUUUCGAUCUUCUGACUCCAAAACUCUACCAGUAGCUACAGAGAAGUUUGAGCUUUGGUAUAAGAACAACAAACACGCGCAGAUACCCUUUUUCCCCCCUCCAGCUACGCCUGAAGGGCACGAUGAUAUCGGCCAUUUCUUGGGUCCCCAAGGGGGCUUUAAAAUCCCAACCCGUCAUGGCCGACCCUCCUUCAAAGGAGGAGAUGGAGAACUUAAUUAACAGCGUUAACAUGGAGAGGAGUGGAGACAGUGAGAACGAAGAUAAUGAUGAAGAUAUGGAUGUUGGUCCAAGCAAACAGGAUGAUGAAGUUGCCCAAGCAUUAUCUGUGGCAGAUGCGCUGGGAAAGACAUCAGAAGAAAAAUUUGAUGAUAUAACUGCCGGCUUAAGGGAGCUUGACAUGGAAAAUUAUGAUGAAGAGGAAGAAGGAGUUGAGCUGUUUAGUUCAGGGAUUGGUGAUCUUUAUUAUCCUAGCAAUGAACUGGACCCAUAUCUCAUAGAUCAAAGUGAUGAUGACUCAGAAGAUUUGGAAGACAUGACAAUUAACCCAACAGACUCCAUAAUUGUUUGUACAUGUAAUGAGAAUGAAAUGAAUCGUCUUGAGGUUUGGAUACUUGAGGACUCUAAUUCUAGUGAGAUAAACAUGUAUGUUCGCAAUGAGAUCAUAAUUUCAGCAUUUCCGCUCUGCACAGCAUGGUCAGAUUUCCACCUUAAAGGGGAAGAAAGAGGUAGCUUCAUAGCUGUUGGUUCAAUGGAUCCUUCCAUAGAAAUUUGGGACCUUGAUGUCGUUGAUGAUAUAGAGCCAUGUACAGUUUUAGGUGGCAUGAAAAAGAGAAAAGGGAAGAAGAAGAAACCUGAUAAAUACAAGGAUGGCAGUCACACUGACGCAGUACUUUCUCUUGCUUGGAAUGCGGAAUACAAGAAUGUACUUGCAAGUGCUAGUGCUGACAAGCAAGUGAAGAUCUGGGAUGUAGUUGCUGGGAAAUGUGAAAUUACAAUGGAGCAUCACUCAGACAAGGUUCAAGCAGUUGCUUGGAAUCAUUAUGCACCACGAGUUCUUCUUAGUGGGUCUUUCGAUCAUACUGUAGUCAUGAAGGAUGGAAGGAUUCCAACACAUUCUGGCUUUAAGUGGUCAGUUGCAGCUGAUGUAGAGAGCUUGGCUUGGGAUCCACAUGCGGAGCAUUCAUUUGUGGUGAGUCUGGAAGAUGGCAUUGUCAAGGGUUUUGAUGUUCGAGCUGCCCAAUCCAACUCAACAUCUGAACCCACUUCUGUUUUUACUCUUCAUGCUCAUGAUAAAGCUGCUACCUCAAUAUCCUAUAAUCGAUCGGCAGCAAAUCUUCUUGCGACUGCAUCAACAGAUAAAUCGGUUAAACUUUGGGAUUUGUCAAACCAGCCAUCUUGUAUAGCAUCUCAUAAUCCUAAAGUAGGAGCUAUCUUCGCAAUUUCUUUCUCGAAGGAUGAUCCUUUCUUAUUGGCUAUAGGAGGCGCCAAGGAAAAACUGCAAGUCUGGGACACCUUAUCAGCUUCUGGUGUUUCUCAAAGGUAUGGGACCUUGAGCAAGAAUAAACCUCAAACUGGGUCUUGAUUAUGGAUGAGCUAGUCAGUCAUCUUCCUUAAUCCUUGCCUCUCUGCAACAUGACUGUCAUCAUGUUGCAUGUACAAAAAAAGUUUUGAAACUUGCUGCAGAGAUGACUUGAAUCGUUUGCAGUAUCUCCUUCUGUGGGAUUUUUUUUUUUAUUAACUUUUUUUUUCUCUGUGAGAUUAUCUAAGAGUGGAUGUUGUGAUUAUGUUGUAUGAUGACUAGUUCUUCUGAGGCGAUUCUUUCAGUUUUUCUUUCGCUUGUAUGAAGCACAUUGUUUGAAAAUCUUGCAUUGGUAAUUGAUGCAUUGCCUAACUUUUGUCACAA